AUGGCGUCGAGUCUUCACCAUAUCCCUCUUGGUCCGAUGGAUCACAUGCCACCACCAACACCUCAGCCUGGUAUCAUCUACUUCCGCAUCCAGCCUGGUGUAUUCGAGCAGCUAAAGGAGGGCUUGUAUCAGACUUUCUUACAAACACCGUGGCUCAAUGGAAAGAUAUAUGCACAGUCGCCCGAGACUCCGGGCUGGCGACCGGGCCAACUUGAGAUUCGCUUCAACCCAAAUAUUGACGACACUGGCAUGCCCAAGUGUUAUCAGCUCCGAUAUAAUGAGCUAGAGACGUCUCUGUCUCUAGACGACCUCGAAAUGAGCGGGUUUCCCGUCGAUAACUUCGAUGACGAGCAGCUGACCUGGGUGUCGUACAAGCCUCAAGGGACGAAUUUCAACGAAGGUUUCGAGGUGGUAGCGGCCCAGGCCAACUUCAUCCCAGGCGCUUGCCUUCUGGUACCGUCUGUGCAUCACGCGGCCUGUGACGCCAUCGGUAUGGGUGUCUUCCUCAAGCUUUGGGGGGACCAGUGCCGAAUCCUGAGCUUAGGGAGCCAGGGCAGCUCUGACUCGGUUGCACUGCUUCCGCCCGAGAGCUGGGAUCGAACCCUCCCAGCUCGCAUAUGGCGCAAAGAAGCAACAGGCCACACGGUGGCAGAGGUGUCUCCCGAGACGUGGCAGUUGAUCGGACUGAACCCUCCAGGGCCACACACAGAUGGUCUCAGCCCAGCGAAGAGAGUUAAAGUACCUCCCCGUGCCCAAACGAUGACAUCUCGGAUUUAUUACAUGCCAGCCACGGCUUUCAAGGAGUUGCAAGACGAAGGAAGGAAGGGACUGGAGGCGUCAGAUGUCUCAGGGAACGACAUUAUCCUGGGUCUGCUCUGGCGCACAUUAAUGCGAGCCCGUGUAGCUGCUCGAGUGGCUGAUCGUGGUAAGAUGGCGGAUAUGGACUCCCAAUAUGAGCUACAGACUGUGUGCGAUGCCCGGCCUGACUUCUCGCAUAUGCUACCUGCCUCUUAUAUCGGAAACUGUGUCUUUUAUCAUCGAACCAAAGUCCCGCUGAGGGCACUGAUCGAACCGGAAUCCCCUCUGUCUUUCGUCGCACAUGCUAUCCGCCUAAACGCGCGCAAUAUCAACCACGAACAAAUCAUGGAUGCAUACAUGUUGGUGGACUCGAUGCCGGAUUUGACCCUACUUCAGCCGCUGCGACAUAUGAGCGUCGAGGACACAUGGAUGAUGUCGUCUAUGAUCAUGAUCCCGGAGGAUACGACGUGCUUUGGCGACAGUAUUUUCGCCAAUGGAGGCCAUCCGGUAGGAUUUCGCAUGCUUAUGGGCAGUCGCAAUCGAUCCCAAGUUCCUGCGUGCUACGUAAUGCCGCGGAAGAAACAUGGGGGACUGGAACUUGUCUUGAGUGUGUUUGAGGAUGAGUGGGAUUUUGUUGACAAAGAUGAAGAAUUUGGCCGCUAUACGAUGCACAUGGCAUAA